UGCUGCUGUAACAUAGGACCAGUGACAGGCAUCGCUUUAGACAACGGAGCUAGACACGAGACUUCACUUUCUGAAUCGUACCCUCUGGUCAUGGAAGAGUGCAGCAUGGACCUGUAUGGACCCACCCUGACCUUCCAGAACCUUUGCUACUGCAUCACAGAGAAGCAGGGAUUCUUCUGCAGGAAGGGACACAAGAAGGACGUCCUGAAGGAUGUCAGUGGGAUCAUGAAGCCCGGGAUGAACGCUAUCAUGGGCCCCACUGGAAGUGGAAAAACCUCGUUGCUGGAUGUCAUAGCAGGGAGGAAGGACCCUCAAGGACUUUGCUCUGGUGAGGUGUUGGUGGACAGCAAAGUUGUGACUUCUGACUUGAGACUAAGUUCUGCCUAUGUUGUUCAGGAUGACAUUCUCAUGGGCACUCUGACAGUCAGGGAGAACUUGGCCUUUUCUGUUAAUCUGCGACUUCCUCCAGACCAGUUCUCCUCCCAAGACAAGGUGUUCAGAGUCAACAAUGUUCUCGAGGAGUUGUGCUUGCAGGAUUGUGCAGAUACCAAGAUUGGGACAGAAUUUCUACGAGGAAUUUCCGGAGGAGAGAGGAAGAGGUGCAGCAUUGGGAUGGAGCUCAUCACGUCCCCAUCACUACUCUUCCUUGAUGAGCCCACCACUGGCCUGGAUGCCAACACUGCCAACUCCAUCAUUGCUCUGCUUCAGAGACUGUCGAGGAAUGGGAAGACAAUCAUCUUCUCCAUCCACCAGCCGCGAUUCUCCAUCUUCCGGCAGUUUGACCAUCUAACCCUCAUGAACAAGGGAGAGAUCAUCUAUGCUGGGCCGGCAAACCAGGCUGUUGGGUACUUUGAGGAUCUCGGAUACAAAUGCGAAGUGUUUAACAACCCUGCUGAUUUCUUCUUGGACGUCAUAAACGGAGAGAUCGACCCUGUGCUUGGAUUACCUGAUGCAGUCUCGGGAGGAGAGGGCUCCCUGUCCCAGCUGUACCGGCAGUCACACUUCUGCAGGCAGCUGACAGAGCAACUAAAGCAGAUGAAGCAGGCGGUGGAGCCUAGCGUGACGGCAGUGAGAGAACAGUCAAGCUACGCGACACCCUUCCUCUACCAGCUACGUGUGGUUUGUGGCCGCACUGUGAAGAACAUCUUGAGGAACCCACAGACGUCUUAUGCACAGCUCAUUCUCAACAUCAUCUUUGCUGUGCUGGUGGGUCUGAUCUACUUCCAAAUUCCUCACACCCUCCCCGAAGCACUGCAAAACAGGAUAGGAGCGUUCUUCUUUCUCAUCAUCAACAUGGUCUUCGGAAACCUGUCUGCAGUAGAGCUCUUUAUUAAUGAGAGAGCUCUUUUCAUCCACGAGAACUCCAGUGGAUAUUAUCGCACUUCUGUCUACUUCCUGUCCAAGGUGUUUGCGGAUCUUGUCCCUAAUCGCAUCGUUCCAGUAUUUAUUUUCUCCAGCAUUGCUUACUAUAUGAUGGGACUGAAGACAGAUGUUGAGGCCUUCCUCUUGUUUGCUCUCACUAUGAGCCUGGUGAGCCUGUCAGCUGUGGGUCUUGCCUUCCUGGUGAGUGCCAGCGUGUCCUCCUUUGCCAUGGCGAACAUCCUCAUCGCUCUGCCCUUCGUCUUUAUGAUGGUUUUUGGUGGCUUCCUUGUGAACCUUAACUCCAUGCUCAGCUGGAUGUCAUGGAUGAAAUGGGCCAGUAUAUUUCGCUAUGGACUGGAGGCAGUGACUAUCAACGAGAUGAGGGGCCAGGUGUUCACCGAUAACUAUACAGUCUUGACAGGAGAAAUGUACUUGAAGAUGCAAGGCAUUGACUACAGCCUCUGGGGCUUUUGGCAGAAUGAGAUUGCCCUGCUGGGCAUCAUGUCGGUGUGCAUGCUGCUGGCCUACAUCCAGCUGCUCAGGAUCAACCGCUGGAAGUGAAGAAGCUCAGCAGUUUACAAACUUACCAAUCAAGCUACCAACUUUUCUACUACUUCACAAAUACUUACGCCACCUGCUGUAAAAUCAUGGAGGGAGCAUCUGGUAUUACCGAAAAAUACGGAAUUAAACUUAAAUACAAAAUAAACUAGGAUAUUAUGAUAUUUUCAUACCAUCCUACUCCGAAGCAUCCUUUUUGUUACAUGAUCUAGCUACUCAGAGUUCGAUAAAUAAUUUUUUUUGAAUACAUUUACACAGUGAAAAAUAAAAAUGCUUUAGUUCAGAUAUCUGAUUCUACUACUUGUACUGUUGUUUUAUAAAGGCAUGUAGGGCUAUUGCUCAGCACCAGCUGUGAAGAGUCAACUGAUUACUAGGUGUUGUGGUGGUUUUGUUAUCACUGUAUUGCCCUUAACAAAACUGGUAAAUCCCCCUCAUUGCUGCCUUGUGGCUGGUCACUGCCCGGACCAGAAACACCCUGA